CUCACAGUAGGACCUUCAGGCCAUACAGGGCAGACAUAUGAAGCUCUCCUCAGCCAAACUAUCGAAGUCUACUGCAUGUAACAGGGGAAGAAACGAGAGGAAAAAGAGGAGGAGAAGAGGACAAUCUGAGUGACAGAAAGCGGAGAUGAUGAGAGAAAGAGGGAGGCAGUUGGAAAGAGUAAGGCAGAAAAAGUGAAUGUCACAGGUAGACAGAUACAAGAGGAGAGUGAGUUUACAAGCGCUGAGCAGAGGAGAGGGCUUUAUCUGUACUUUUCACCACAGGCAAGGACUGGACUCACAAACAGCCCGGUGCCAUGACAUUCUGAUAUUACACUGACUGAGAGGAGGAGGGAUAAGGAAGUGGAGAAGGGUGAUAUUUAAACUCUAGUUUAAAUAUCUAACUAUUACAAGAGUUCUCAAGAGAGAAAGACGAAAGAGCAUGGUGAAUUGUUUGAACAGGAGGAGGGACACCAAGCUUUACCUGGAGCUGCCCACAGCCUGAUCACUAUGAGGAAGCAGAGCUUUUGCUUAACACAGUGGAGGAAGAUCAGUAACAGAGUAACCCAGACUGCUGAGAGCCUGACAAAGGCCUAUUGGACUUGACAACCUCAAAAGAAAGAGAAGCUGGAUGAUGGAAGAUGUGAUGAAGAAGACAAGUGAGAGUCAAAAGAGAAGUCAAACCUGAGAGUGAAGGGAGGCAGAAAUGAAAUAAUAUACACUAAUAUCAUAAAAAGAAGAGACGGGACAGAAGAAGAUACAGCUCCAGGAGAGGAAAGGUCAAGACGGAUCCAAAGGAUACGUACCUUCAGUAUUUGGAGCUCAGCAGACAUAAGCGGUAGUCGCAAUGUUCAUGAACUUCCGUCGUAUCCACAAGUGCCAGUGCAUGCAGCUGCUGACCACAGGCCUGGUGUUAUGUAUGGUGAUGGUCUGCUGGGAGGAGCUGGACCACCAUGUAGUCAGCCACAUGAGAUCCUACACAUAUCGCUACCUGGUCAACAGCUACAACUUUCUCAAUUCUUCCUUUGCCAUCAGCUCCAACCCUCACCACAGAAAGACUGGUUCAAAUGGUGUGGAGAGUGGAUUACGGAACUAUCCAUACCUCAUUAACCACCCAGGUAAAUGUGGUGGUGGAGAUGGGAAAAGCCGUGAUGAUGUCCUGCUGCUUCUGUUUGUGAAAUCAUCGCCACAAAACUCCGAGCGGCGCCAGGCCAUCAGGGACACAUGGGGUAAUGAGAGCUUUGUUUGGUCGGAACUGGGGGCAAACGUGAGAAUGGUGUUCGCCCUCGGUGUGCACCCUGAUGAGGGGCGGAGAUCCAGGGUGCAGAGCGCACUGCUGCAGGAGGACCAGGUUUAUGGAGACCUGAUCCAGCAGGAUUUUUUGGAUACCUUUCACAACCUAACUACCAAACUGAUCCUGCAGUUCCACUGGGCUCAUGAGUACUGCUCUCAGGCACGCUUCCUUAUGUCUGCCGAUGAUGACAUCUUCAUCCACAUGCCCAAUUUGGUGAAGUACCUGCUGCAGCGCCUGAGUACACGGUCAGGGGCCAAAGACCUGUGGGUGGGGCAUGUUCACAAAGGAGCCCCUCCGAUUCGCCGUAAAAACAGCAAAUACCAUGUUCCCUAUGAUCUGUACCCCUGGCCUUCCUACCCAGAUUACACUGCUGGAGCGGGGUACGUGGUUUCAGCAGAUGUGGCCGCUAAGAUCUACCAUGCAACUCUGAUGCUGAACUCCUCUAUGUACAUCGACGAUGUCUUCAUGGGGAUUUGUGCCAAGGCCAUGGGGGUCUCUCCCCAGGAGCAUGUGUACUUUUCAGGGGAGGGCAAGGCUCCGUACCACCCCUGCAUCUAUAAUCACAUGAUUACAUCGCACGGUCACGCCACAGAUGUGCGCAUACUGUGGCAGGCAGCAACGGAUCCUACAGUGUACGGCAACUCCAGAGGAUUUAUGGGUAAUGUGUACUGCACAGCAGUGAGAGUGAUGCUGCUGUGUCUACCAUUUUACCAAAACACUUACUCCUGUAUGGCUGCUUUUACCUAAAUGGUUUUAAGACAACGCAAAGACUGCUGAAUGCUAAAUGUACCACACAAACAAAUGAAGGUACCUCACAUAAAGAGUCCGCCAUGUUUUUUCUCUUUCAUGUUAUAUUUCACUGUUUGCUGGCUAUACAAUGUAUUUGCUCUCCUGUAAUAAAGACUAAAGCUGUUCUAUGUAGCAAACAAAUGCACUCAGUUGUCCUUCAGUCACCAGCAGGAUCAGUUUUCACUUUAAGUUAAACAGAGAAACGGUGGCGAAACCUGUCCCAGAUCUGUUUACAUGAGGGCUUUUUGUCUUUUCUUCCUUCUUUGUCUUUGUACACACAUUUAUAGACCUUCACACUCUUAUUCACUUGCCAACUGCUGAAGGGAUUUAGUUUUGUCGGGAGAGUCUAAAAUGCAUUUUAGCUAACCGUUAAAUUCUAUGAAUUCUUUUGUCUCGAGGCUGUUGACAUUGAAGUAAUUUCAUGACAUGCUCUUGACAUGAUUAAUGUAGAUUUUUUUUCAAAUUUAAAUGCACCUCUGGUAUAGUAUAUGAUUGCUAACAAAUGUAAGGGAUGUUUCAGGGAACGUAAUUAUUUGAUUUUGUCUAUGUCAAUAGGAGCUGCAACUGUUAGAGGAUUAAUCAGUCUCGAGAGAGAAUUGCAACUAUUUUAAUAUAUUAUUAUAUUUUUCAAGCAAAGAUGGAAAAAAAUGCAGUUUACAAUUUUGGAAUAUGCCGAUUUUCUAUAUUUUGCAUCAAUAUAAAGUGAAUAUCUGGGUUUUAGACAAAACAAGACGUAGACAUGUCACCAUGGACUUUGGGAAACUAGGAUGAGACAUUUCAUAGGGGCUGCACAUAUGCGGCAUCUUUAACCACCUGGAAAAAUAAUGGCUUUAUAAAUGAAAUUCAAUUGAAUUGAAAAUCUGAGGUCAGGUGCUAGAAACUACUCUUGUACCACAGACUGAUAUUUCUGAAGAAGGGAAAGAUAUCUGUUGGCUGUGGUUGGUCCUCAUCACAUGACAUGGCUGCUGCGUUCCACUCUUCCACUCUGGUGUUUGAGUGCGCCUGCCACACAUCUACAUUGAUAACAAUGAAUUUUAGGGUGCAAAAAAUGCUGCAUGUGUAUGGUGCCAUAGACUAAAAGAUUAAAGGGGCUCUAUGCAAAAUUGUCUGGACACAGUUUUCAACAUGGAGGUGGCUGAGGUGGCUGAGCCAGCGGCUAUUAGCUAAUAGUGCUAACUCCACAAUCAGCGUUAAACAACGGCAACAGUGCUAACAGAGUUAACUGUGUUAACCAGCCAUUCCAAUAUCAACAGUAACCACUGCAUGAGCACAGCACAAAGUGGUAGCAGUGAGCUAGCAAGUGGGAUACACACAUGCACUGCCAUGCAAGCAUACCCUGACAGCCUUAAAACAAAAUACAGAGAAGCUCAGAUUUUUAAUAUGUUUUCUGCUUACUUUUAGAUUUGCUGUUUAGUUGCUGCGUACUCAGCAUGUCGCUGUUGAGAACUCAACUUGUUAAAGGAACUCUAUACGUUAUUAGGAGCAUAUGUAUGAUUUAGAGACUGUCUGUACAUGGCUCUCAACAUGGAAGUGGCUGAGCAGCAACAGUGCUGACAGUAACUAUCGGUGUUACUCGCCGUAUGAGGGAAGUGCAGAGUGGCAGCAAUUAGCUAGCCAGUGGGAUACAUACCUGGGGACUCACAUGCAGGUACAGCCACACAAUCUAUCUCAACAAACCAUUGAGAAGCUUGAAUUACAACACACACAGACGUAACAUGACUUAAUUCUCUGCUCAGGACACCAUUACUCCACUAUGUCUUUACAUAGCAAAUAGUGGUUCGCUGUUAUAUUAAUGCACUUAGUGUCACAUGUGGAACCUUUAAUUGAGAAAAUAAGCAUCAAAAUAAUCAGUAAUGAAAAUAACCCUUAGUUGCAGCCCAAAUGUCUAAUUUUGCCGUAAACAGGGUGCGAGAGGAUAGUUAUACGCACAUCAAAAAAGGUGCAAGGCUGGCACAAAACAUGAAUGAAAAAGAGGUAGAGCCUGCACACUUACUCCAUGCCACAAACUUUAAUGAACAACGUUUUGAUCCUAGAGGGAUCUUCGUCAGGUCUGAAUGUUGGAAAAUGCAAACCACACCUCUAUUUAUAACGUUGUGUGCAACAGGUGUGGUUAAUCAUCCAAAUAUCAUUUGGGGUUAUUUUUUAAAAAAACAUCGACCAGAAAAAAACAAACAUCAAAUUUAA